AAGCCCCGCGCCCCCAAACCUCCGUGCCGCUUCCCAGCACGGCCAUGGCGACGGCCAUGGCGGAGCGGGCGCAUGCCUUCGUGGGGGACUCCCUGGUGGAUCGAAUGCACCGGGAGAUCGAGGUGAUGACCCGACGAUUGGAGUUGGAGAAGCGGCGCUUGAAGCGGAUCGACAAAGAGCUCGAAGCCGCGCGGAAGACGCAAAACAUCAAGGAGCAGCAAGCACGCCAGCGCCACAGCGCCCGCGUGACGCGCCCCAAGAGCGCCACCCGCCGCACGGUGUCGCGUCCCACGAGCGGCUCGAGCGGCUCGGGCGCCUCCGCCGCGCGGAACCUCGGCAAGGCGGAGAGCAGAACGCAAGAGUCCGAAGAGGACGGCUUCUUGCCCAUGCGGCAGUUGGUCUCCCAGAUGGACUCGCAGGUCAAGAAACUGGAUGCAGUGAAGCACGAAAACGACUGCCUCAAGCAGGACGUGCAACAGAUCCGGAAAUACAAGCGCCAACUGGGCUCCAUCUUCGAGCGCUUGAAGGUUCAAAUCUUCAAGCGAACCGAAGAGCUGAGAGACUUCGUCGAAGACGCCGCCCAAAGCAAGGCGGUGUGCAGUGAGACGGAGCAUCGCGUCGAGGUGAUGCAGCGGCAGCGCGACGACGAGCGGCGGCAGUUCACCGAGGAGGUGCUGCGGAUCCGCCGCGAUCUCAGGAAGCUGGAAUCGGAAAAGAGGGAAGUGGAGGUUCGCUUAAAGCGGAUGGAAAAAGGUGUACAGCGCAAGAGUGAGUUGAUUCUUCCGUCAGAGGAGGAGGAGUUCUCGGAAGCGAGUAUGAUGCGUCGCAUCAUGAAGACGGCCUUUUUGAACUGCAUCCAACGGCGACACAUCAAGCAGCACCAGAAAAGUAUCGAGAUCUUUGAACAGGCCUUUGCGACCAUCAAGCAGUCCACGGGCAUCUCCGACAUCGCGGAGAUUGUGAAGAUCUUCGUUCACCUGGAGAGCCGAAACUUUUCGCUUUUGACGUACGUGAACCACAUGAAUCGCGAGAUCGAAGCUUUGGAAGGUCAGAAGCGUUCGCGCCGUGAGGCCGAGCGGACGCUCAAGCGACGGGAGGAGACCAGUGAGAAGAAUCGCGACCUCGCCUUGGGGGACAUGCAAAAGAAGCUACGAGCGACGCAGCUCUCCAUCGAGGAGGAUCGUGAGGCUUGGGACGACCACCGGGAAGUGCUCCAGAAGACCCUGCCCUUGGUCGCACAGGUCUCUCGGCAACUGGACCUCGAGUCCCAACGCUUGCGCCAAGCGUCCAGGGACGACGGCGGCGAGUUCCCCUCCAGGCCCAGUGAUGAGCUUCGGGUGGAUACGAUGCUCAUCUAUUUGCAGUGGGCCAGAACGCUGAGGCUUUAAGGACUUGCUACCUGUUCCAGAUUCUGCUGCCUGGGAGGAGUACUUCCCGGCGACGGCGGCGUCCUUGGUGAAACACCUCACCUCCAAGAGGCAGACGACGCCUCACUUGGUGAAGAUGCAGGACCUGCCUGCGGCGCCUCUCUUCGAGGAGCACGGCAACGCGCAGAAGAGGCACCGAAACACCGCGUGGAGAUGGAGGAGGACAGCGAAGACGAAGGCUUUGAAGAUCGCCCUUUGAUGCUCAAGGAAAUCCGUGGCAGAGCCAAAAUGGCUCACGAACGGAAGAACAGGACUAAGGAGCAUCGUCAGUCCAUUGCUUUCAUCGAGCAGGAGGCGGCUGGAACUUCGAGCCUGCAGCUUUUCGCUCAGGACAUGAGUGUUGGACGCGGCCAACUCCCGACGGAGCGUGAACUUCCAAGCAAACGGCGGUGGUACUGGAGAGUUAGUUCAGGCAGACACCUUGCGCUUGGAUCAGGUAGAUACCGUUCCAGAAGAAGGCGAAGCCGGGCAAUCCGUGACCGCUGAGUCGGAGCGAAGUGAAAGCCAGUCCUCACCCAGCAGGACAUGGCCAAAGAGUGCUUUGAAUAUGCGGGUGCGGCAGUUGAUUCAAGUGGCGGGCUCCUCGAGACCCGACGUGACCCAGGAUGAGUUGGACAUCACCUUCCUGAGAAAAUACAAGAUGUCCAGACAAGAGCUCGAGGUUCUAGCCUCGCGAAUGGGUCUCCAACUCCAACAUUUGUGUUUCCUGAAGACUCAGUUCGACCUUUUCGAUCAGGAUCAGAGCGGCUACGUGAGCGCCGCUGAGCUUCGGAGUCUCUUCGUGAAGCUGGGCGAGGACGGUGCGACGGGGCGGCCGACGCGGUGCGCGAGCUGGAUAGCGAUCAGAGCGGCGAGAUUGAAUUCUUCGAGUUCGUGGAAUGGUUCUGCGCCCAGUGAGACUGACCGAAGCCGCCAAGAAGGAAGCUCUGAGCUCGAGCUGCGGUCCACGCUGCUGCGUACGGGGUCUGAUCUCAGCUGUUUCACCGGAUUUGGGAAUUUCCGACGGCAGCGAAAGGGAGGAUUCUGGUC